ACGAACGAACUGCAUUUGGCCAGCACAAACAAUGAGUACCAUAUUUGACUCAGAUUCGAUACUAUCCGGGAACGAACAGUGGAGGAAAUUGGAAGAAGAAUGGAAAACAAUCGAUCUUAUAGACGUAGACGACGAUACGCCGAUUUUAAAACCAAUUCUCAGUACCCAAGAUUUGAACAAAACGACCUUUGAUUCUUCGUUCCUUUUCAAGAAAGUCAGAAGGAAAGUGGGCCGCCAAAUAUCCAAGAUAUCAAACGCUUCUAUCGAAUACGAAGACUUCAUAAGCAACAUUCGAGAUGAUUCCAGAAAUGAGUCGAUCAAACCGUUUUGUUUCGUCAACGGUCAACUGACUUCGGCUGCGUCGAUUGAAGAACUUUGCGACAAGAUUGACGACAUUUUCAAAUCUAUCGAAGAACUGUCAAUAGCUACAAGCACGAUUAGAAAUAGUUCGAAGAAAGUUCCAGAUAUUGUCCAGUGUAGUAUAUCGGCUACUGAUUUGUCGUUCGACGACACGGUGUCACAAAAAGAAUCGACAUUUUCUAGUGAAAUCGACAGACAUAUAGAAGAGGCUUUUGAGGAGGCAUUCGAGGAUGCUUUAGAGGAGUUUAAUUCAACUAUAACUACCAUGGAUGGUGAUAAGACUCACAUGGAUUCGGUGACAACGUUAGUGAGAAAAUUUAGUUCGGUUAUGAAUAGCCCGUUGAUUAAAUGUAGUCCAAGAAGGAGAAGGGAGUGCUGUGACAAGUUUAAAGAGUUGACCGAUUUUUGGAAAAAUCACGCGUUUGAGUGUGAGUGAUGAACAAAAAAUAUUAAAAACUGUUUGAAAAACUUUUGAGAUCUUGUAGGUAGGUAAUAUGAUAAGUUAUUUUUAUUAUUAGUUGUGAUAUCACAUUUGUUAGCUUUUUUAUACGACAGACAGACAUUAUAUUUAAAAAUAUAAGUACGUAUUUUAUUUAAUGUAACAAACAAAAUGUUUAGUAAUUAGUAGGUAAUUUUAACACUUAAAAAUUAAAAAACUUGGAGGUAACUAAAGCAGUAUAUUAAUUAUUAUAGAAAAUGUGUUCUUUUGAAUGUUAUCGUCACAUAUGCAAUUACAUAACCUUUUCUUGAGUGUCUAAAGAAUUUUAAUGAAGUGAUUUGUAGAUAGGUAGGUAAAAUAGGUUGAUAAGGCAUUUGCAAAGUUUUUUGUAGAAAAAAAUGAUAGUCUACGUAAAUUAUACGGCUGUACUCGUAGUAAGUAUUAACUAUAUUUUUAACAAUAUACAAAAUGGACUUUUGUUGUCAUGUUUUGAUGUACUCAGUAAAAUUUAAUUAGAUAAAAUUGACAAUAUUAAUUUAAAAAAUUGAUUGUUUCUUUUCAUUUGUACAAGAAGUACUGGUGAAUAUUUUUAUUUAAUUUAUGUAUUUCGAUUAUAAUUUGAAAACAAUAAAUUCAUAUUAUAUUAA